AUGCUCUGCCUCAGGAGUUUCAGUGUUUUCCUCUCAUGUAUUGUCCUUCUCAUUAUUCAGUCAAGUCGUGGCUCUGAGAUCAUUGGAGGUAAUGAAGUGCAGCCACACUCUCUGCCUUACAUGGCUCUGCUGGAGAGUGACAAACCGAUAUGUGGAGGGGUACUAAUUGAUCAAGCAUGGGUCCUGACUGCUGCACACUGUUCUGGCAUUAAGAAGGUGUUGCUGGGGGUGCACUCCAUCAAAGCAGAUGAAAAAGAUUUCCGACAGGUCCGAAAGGUGAAAAAAAGUUUGACUCAUCCCUGCUAUGAUGGGACGGACAAGGUCAAUGACCUCAUGUUACUCAAGCUGGACAAGAAAGUGAAAAAAACCAAAGCUGUAAACUGGCUCACGCUGGCCAAAACCAGUAAGGAGCCGAAAGCUGGCAGCGUCUGUGUGGUGGCUGGAUGGGGAACAACUAAAAACAAUGUCAAUCAAAUGUCAGAUGUCCUGAGGUCUGUCAAUGUAACAGUGAUUGACAGAGUGAAGUGCAACUCAGCUGAUUAUUACAACCUCAAUCCUGUUAUCACCAGCAGCAUGAUAUGUGCUGGUUCGAAUGGUAGAAACACAGCUGAUACCUGUCAGGGGGAUUCAGGAGGACCUCUCAUGUGCAAUGGUGUGCUAGCUGGAAUCACUUCCUUUGGACGGAUGUGUGGUCUCAUUAAGAAACCCGGAGUUUACUCUUUUCUGUCAGAAAAACAACUCAAGUGGAUCAAAAAUACAAUGAAGGGAUCUAAAAUAGAAUGA